AUGGCCGAUUCACGAGCUGGAUUUGACCCCCGCGGCCUGCUCAUUCCAAACAUCGUUGACCGUCUCGCCGAGACGAGCCCAGACGCCGUUUUCGCAGAAUAUCCCAAGGCGGUCCUCACCUACGACGAUGGCUAUCGAUCUGUCACAUAUGGACAGCUCGCAAAUGCGAUCAAUGGAGUUGCUAAAUGGAUAGUCGACUCAAUAGGCAGCGGUGACGGCUAUGAGAAGCUCGCAUACUUUGGUCCCAAUGACGUGCGAUACCCAGCAUUGCAUGGCGGGGCGAUCAAAGCUGGUUACUGCAUGUAUUUUCCAUCACCGCGCAACAGUAUUCCGGCUCAUCGGAGUCUACUAGAGGCACUCAAUUGCACCAAACUUGUCUCUCCGACCCCCCGGCCACCACCAGUCGACGCUAUCCUAGCGGCUCGUGAAAUGCAGGUGCUUAAUGUACCUAGCGUGGACGAGCUAUUGGAGAAAGAAUACCCACCGUUUCCCUACACAAAGACUGCAGCCGAGGCGGCGCCUUAUCCCCAUCUAACUGUCCAUACAUCCGGUUCGACAGGAUUUCCGAAGCCAAUUGUUACGAGUCAUGGACAUGUAUCCAAAAAUAUCACUAUGCUCACUUCCAAUCCGCCAGCCGGUCACAAGAGCCAGGAUCAGAGUGUGCGGGGAAAGAGAAUGUUUCUGCCCUUUCCAUCAUUUCACGCUGGCGGUAUAGGCACACAAUUACUAUGGGGCAUUGUGAUGGGCGCCAUCAUUGUUUUACCCACCUCCGGAUCAAUUCCCUCAGUAGGCGGUAUGGUCGAAGCGUUGAAGAAAACAACCGUCGACAUUGCAUUUAUUCCACCCUCUAUAAUAGCUGAUCUAGGACAAAGCCCGGAAUUGCUCGACUUUUGCGCUGAUCGACUACAGUCUAUCAUGUAUGUCGGCGGAGACCUCCCAAAAGUGCUUGGUGAUAGAGUCGCUUCUCGGAUCCCGAUUUUUAACCAAUACGGCGCAACAGAGCUCGGCAUGGUGCCGCUCCUACAGGCUGACGACCGUGACCCCCUAGAUUGGAAGUACAUUCAAUUCCACCCAGGCAUUGGGCCCGAAUUCCGACCUUACCGUGAUCAGGAGCAUCUACUCGUCCUCGUCCGGAAUGAAACUACAGAGCCCAAUAUCCCUGUAUUUAGUCUCUUCUCAGAUCUUACAGAGUAUAGUACCCGCGAUCUCUUCGUGCGACAUCCACAAAAGAAAGACCUCUGGGAAUGGUCCGGCCGGGCCGACGAUAUCAUCGUCUUUCUCAACGGCGAAAAGACAAAUCCUAUCUCGAUGGAGCAUCAUAUUGUGUCUCGAAAUGUCGAGGUCACAGCCGCUAUAGUAGUAGGAAACCAGCGGUUCCAAGCAUCUUUGCUUCUCGAAACACCUGCCAAGGAUGGGAAACCGCUGUCGCCGAGCGAAAGGGCGGCCUUGAUUGAAAAGAUUUGGCCGAGCAUUGAAGAAGCAAACCAGGAGUGCCCCGCGCAUGCGAGAAUCGCCAAAUCUCACAUCUUGUUCACAAACCCGGAUAAACCAAUUGUUCGCACAGGAAAGGGAACCAUUCAACGUGCGGGAUCAUUGGCAUUGUACAAGGACGAACUUGAUUCCCUGUACAGGGAUGCCGAUCGAGUGACAGCGCAACUAGAAAGUGUGGUGACUGGUCCCGGUCCGGUUGAUGAUGUGAACUUGAUAUCACAAUUUAUUACAGACAGUGUUACGGCCAUCACCAAGUGGUCUGCUCUUGAUCCUACAGAUAACCUUUUCCUCAGGGGCAUAGACUCCCUGCAAGCUAUCACUCUCGUUCGCUGGUUAAGGCAAGGUCUACAAAUCCAGAACAUUUCCGUCCCGUUGGUCUAUAGCUACCCAUCAGUAGAAGACCUUGCCAAAGCUAUCGUGCAGCUUCUUCAUAAUGAGCGAGAACUGGAGGAAACUCAGAAGGCAGCUUCUCGUGCAGAAGCUCGCAGCAUACUAAGCGAAUACCAGGGACUAAUUGAUAAACCGUCGCAGCACACAGUCAUUCUGACCGGGUCAACAGGUGUUAUUGGCUCGUAUGUCCUUGACGAGCUUCUAGCCAACCAAUCGAUUAAACACAUCUGGUGUUUGAAUCGAAAAGGAAAGGAAGAUAGCAUCAAAAGACACGCUGAGCUGCGUGAAUCUCGGGAACUUUCUCCCCUUGAUCUUGAGAACUCUCGAGUCAGUUUUCUCACCGUAAACCUUGCUGAGGAAUCCUUUGGGUUGGCCGAGGAAGUAUAUAACCAACUUCGCAAAAGCGUCACCCUGAUAAUUCAUAACGCAUGGCCAGUUAACUUUAAUCUCUCGCUAUCGUCCUUCAAGCCUCAACUCACAGGCGUGGUAAACUUGAUCGACUUUUGCUCUUCUUCAAUAUUGUCGCCACACUUGUUUUUUGUUUCCUCGUUCAGCUCGGUGGGCUCGUUCCAGAACGAAUCCAAGGUGACACCUGAAGAGAUAAUAACUCACCACGAGCCUGCGAUCAAUGGCUAUGUAGGCAGUAAGUAUUUUGCAGAGAGGUUGCUAGAUUACGCGGUCCAAAAAAGACCAGGUUUCCGCGCGUCCGUCGCGCGCGUGGGCCAGGUCGCCGGUGCAGUACGCAAUCGGGAUCUAUGGAACAAGGCCGAGUGGUUCCCUAGUCUUGUCAUAAGCUCUCUCCGCAUUGGUGCUCUGCCAGAGUCUUUGGGACCAGAGCUUGAUAAUAUCGACUGGGUGCCGGUUGAUCUCCUCGCAGGAGUGUUGGUUGAGCUUGCAUUGAAGGGGGGGAAUGCCUCGUCUGUUCAAGUCUUCCACCCUCUAAACCUUCAUCCCACGUCGUGGGAGGCCAUAAAACCGACUGUCUCGGACGAGCUGCUUAAACUUUCCGGGACAAAGCUUGAAUCUAUACCUCUCUCUGAGUGGGUGGACAGAAUCCGUCAACACAUGGAGAAGAUUGCGGGCAGUCACCAGGCUCUUGCUGAGGGCGAAGUAGAGUCCUUUGUUGAGAAGGUUCCCGCAGUAAAACUGCUUGAUUUCUAUCAGACGCUCGUCGACAAUAGUCAAGGAUCGAAUGCAGAGGGUCGAAACGUGUUUUCAACUGCGAAGGCUGCAAACGCCAGUCAGAAGCUGCAGGGUGUGGAUGGAGUGAGAGACGAGUGGGUUCGAAAAUGGACUCGAGAGUGGAUUUCAUCAGCAAAACAGUAG